UUAGAGUCGACGUCAACCAGUUGUUCCUAUAUCAGCAGAUUACAAUCUAUAUGCUGGCAAUGAUCUGCAACCCCAUUGUGAUCCACUCGGCAGUUGUCUUCAUUCGGCUCUACUGGUUCGAAAAGCGCUUUCAGAACGUCGUCCGCGAAGCUAGAACAUUGCGAAGGCAGCGGACAAUCUCACGGACAAGAAGCGAAUUGCGACCAGACCGCGAUAUGGACGGAGAAGAACGAGGCGUGGGCUUCCGAAAGAUCAACGUCCUCCGAAAUCGAAAUGGCGUCGCCGAGGGAAGGAAUAUCGAUAGUGAUAUGACCGAGAAGGAAGAAAUCCCCGAGUCUGCCGCCAAGAAGUUGGCGGAAUCCUCCUCGAGCAACAGCGAUGGCCAUGGGCCCGAAAACAGAAGCGACGAUGACAUAGCGAUAGUCGAUGACGACGAACCGGUUGAGAGUCGAUUCAACAGACAACAUCAACGAGAUAUCAUCUUUGCCGACGAAGUUGCGCCGGAUGAACCAGAUCCUAGCACAAGCGAGCGGAUCCCUGAGCGCAGAACCACCGAGCAGCAUAUCGCAUUUCUUGAAAACCAGCGAAACCCCAAUAACAAAACGACUCUCCGGAUCCCCGGUCCUCGGGACUUUGAACGCGGCGAAGCAGUCCGGACUGUUGAGGAGGGCGACGAAGACAACGAGUUAACCAGGCUAGACACGGGAGACGACGGCUCUCCGGGCAAGAAGCGAAGGAAAAGCUCCUAUGGACCAGCCGAGUUGAAUGGCGACGACCAUCCUGUACGACGGCAUAUCACAAUCGAUGACCCUAGAAGAGCAAAUCACAACACGCAAGGUCGCUCCAUCUACCCACGCGCGCCCGGUAGGCGCAGCUUUCGGGAGGACGCCAUGUCCCCGAUUACUCUUGGAAGCAUCCGAACUCGCACCUUUUCCAAUUUUCUCACCAAAUCGAAGACUGAGGACCGAGAUCCUCUACCGUAUUUCAGUUGGACCGCCACCAUUGGAAGGAACUCGACAUUUGUGGAUCUUAGCGAGGAACAACGAGACCAACUAGGAGGCAUUGAAUACCGUUCUCUGAAGACCUUGGCUUGGGUCUUGAUUUGUUAUUUUGUUGGAUUCCACCUUUUUGGCAUGUUCAUCCUUUUGCCAUGGAUCAUCGAAACAACCCAUUAUACAGAUAUUGUGCGAGCAGCUGGUGCAAAACCUUCUUGGUGGGGCAUAUUCACUCCUGCGUCGCUAUUCAAUGACCUUGGCCUUACUCUCACUCCGGAUUCAAUGGUGUCUUUCAACAAGUCCCCUCUGGUCUUGCUUUUGGGAACAUUCUUGAUCAUCAUCGGAAACACAGGAUUCCCCUGCAUGCUACGCUUCGUCAUCUGGGCUGCAUCGAAAUGCGUUCCACGCGGAAGCGCCAUUUGGGAGGAACUGCAGUUUUUGCUCGAUCAUCCCCGCCGUUGCUUCACCCUUCUCUUCCCUAAAGCUGCGACAUGGUGGCUGUUUUUCGUGGUUAUUCUCCUCAAUGUCGUCGACCUUAUCUUCUUUAUCAUUCUGGACCUCAACGCCGAAGUUGUGGUAGCACUGCCUCCUGGUUUCAAAUUCCUCGACGGCCUCUUUCAAGCCGCAUCCACGCGUACGGCGGGCUUCGCUGUUGUCAAUCUUGGACAGUUGCAUCCUGCUAUUCAGGUCUCCUACCUUAUUAUGAUGUACAUCUCCGUCUUCCCUAUCGCGAUUUCGAUCCGUCGGACCAAUGUGUACGAAGAGAAGUCAUUAGGGGUCUAUCCCGGCGGCCAAUUGGAACCAGAUGAGGACGGCCGCUCCCCUUCUUAUAUCGGUGCGCAUUUGCGGCGUCAGCUAUCCUUCGACCUCUGGUUCGUGUUCUUGGGUCUAUUCUUCAUAUGCAUCAUCGAAGGCGACCGGCUCCUGCAAACCAAGGACAACGAUUACACCUUCACCACCUUCGCCGUCCUCUUCGAGAUCGUGUCCGCCUACGGCACAGUCGGCCUCUCCCUCGGUUAUCCUAGCGCAAACACUUCCUUCUGCGGCCAGUUCCGGACCCUUAGCAAGCUGGUCCUCAUCGCUAUGAUGAUCCGCGGUCGUCAUCGUGGCCUCCCAUAUGCUCUCGAUCGCGCCAUCCUCCUCCCAUCCGAGUCGCUACAAAGAAAAGAGCAAGAAGAUGCCGAUCUCCGCGCAGCGGCUGUUAACACGACCUCUCGACGAAACAGUAAGUCUAGCGCAAGCGCCGCCAGCGGGUUCAUGGCCCAUCCAGACAUGCCUGACACGCCAUACGAGAAAUCCCAAGGCGAUGAUGCGGAUGCUCAUACGGCUUUGGGUGAUAUUGCGUCUGAGGGGUUGGACCAUGCUCGCAGUCAUAUGACAGGUAUCACAGGCCGGUCGAUGAGCAGGCGGGGGAGUGAGAUGGAUCCGGAGAGUAGUAGGGACGCAACGCCCAGUCGGCGACGGCGCGCCACACACAUCCUUACCGGUGCACUUAGCACGACUCCCGCACUUCGGAGGAAGAUGGCAUAGAAUACGUUGUUUGACGUGCUUUAUUUGCCCUCAUAGCAUGAUGGAUCGGCAUCUCAUUCUGAACGCUCUGAUGAUGGUCACGAUUUAUGAUGAGUUUUUAUGCGGCG